ACACAUCCUUAACUCUUUAUAUAUGUAACCAUAAUUUUUUGUUAGGUGUUACUUUAAAGCAGCUCUUGUUUUCUUCAAAAACCCAAAGUAUAUAACAUAGAGAUGGGAAGAGCUCCUUGUUGCGACAAAUCUAAUGUGAAGAAAGGUCCCUGGUCACCUGAAGAGGAUGCAAUGCUCAAAGACUUCAUACACAAACAUGGAACUGGUGGCAACUGGAUUUCUCUCCCACAAAAAGCUGGUAUGCAUAUGUAUGUAUGUAUGUAUGUAUGUAUGUUUUUUAAUGUGUUUGGGUUUUAUGUUAUAGGUCUAAGGAGAUGUGGGAAAAGUUGCAGAUUAAGAUGGCUGAACUAUCUAAGGCCUAAUAUUAAACAUGGAAAAUUCUCUGAUGAUGAAGAUAGGAUAAUCUGCAAUCUGUUUGCAAGCAUUGGUAGCAGGUGGUCAAUUAUAGCAGCUAACUUACCAGGUAGAACUGAUAAUGAUAUCAAGAACUAUUGGAACACAAAGUUGAAGAAGAAACUUUUUGGCAUGGUUCCUCAUAGCUAUUCCUCGUCAAGUUUUUCAAACAUUACCACUGCUGGAUCAGUUCUCCAAUCACAGCAACAACGGGGGUUUUCCGCCAACCGGCUUGGCCGGAACAAAGACUCGGAGUUUGGAUACGGUGGUGGCAGUGGUGAAAAUCAUGGUGAUCAACAAAUUGGCAACUUGGAGAGUUGUUUCUACAAUGAAGGUGAUAAAAAUUACCACCACAACCUCAUGGACUCAUCUGGGGAUGUUGCUAAUGGAUUUUCGAGUUCGGUCGGUUCAAUCGGUUCAACUUUCGAUUCAAACUUUUUGUAUGGUGAAACAACAUCAUUAGAUUAUGGGAUAGAGGGAAUUAACCAGCAAAUUAGUAGUACUUCUUCAAGUUGUGAAGGCUUUGGUUUUUAUCAACACAAUGCAAAUGAUUAUCCAUGUUAAUUUGACAAUUCGGGUUUGUGAAUGUCAUAAUAUCGUAUUUCAUAAAUUAUUAAAGGGUAAAAGUAUAAUUUCAUUAUUAUAUUGACAUGUAAUUUCAUAAAAAAUUAAGGAGUUAAAUAAUAAAUUUAUUAUCUUUUUGGGGCCAA